CUGUUCAUCAGAUCAUGAUUGAAGCACAGAGGUUCAUCCUCAUUGGCUGCCUGCUGCAAGGUGCCCUGGGCAGAGAGUGGGCAGUCUGGGUGCCUCAGAGUAUAGAAGCUCUGAGUGGAUCCUGUGUGCUGAUUCCCUGCACAUUUGAUAUAGAAUCUGAAUAUGACAAAGAUCUGACAGAUGAGGCUAAUGGACUAUGGAAAAAAAGUAGCAAUAAGGGUGACAUCGUGUUUGAUUCCAUCAAAACUAACUACAAAAUUAAAGGAAGAUUAACUGGAAAAUUGAAGGAGAAGAACUGCACCACAAUCCUGGAUCGCUUCCCUCCAUCUUACAGUGAUAAGUAUUUCUUCAGAUUGGAAGCCUUAAAUAAACUCAAGUAUGAUUUUCCUACAGCUGUCAUAAUUAAUGCACAAGACUAUCCACCCAAACCCAACAUAACCACAGAGAAGGUGGAGGUGAAGGAGGGAGCCUCUGUGAGCUUGAACUGUUCUGCUGCAGCACCCUGUCCUGAACUCCCCCCAAAUCUGACAUGGACCCCCAGGUUGAAUGACAGUGUGGAUCAACUGCAAGAGAAUGAGGAUCGAACCAAAUCUGUGUCUUCUGUUCUGACCUUCACUGCUUCCCACCUCCACCAUGGGAAGACAAUCAAUUGCAGUGCACUUUACACACUGCAACAAGGAGACAUUCAGAAGACAUCUGAGGCCAAUCUGACUCUAAGAGUUCUAUAUCCUCCUAAGAACACCUCAGUGUCAGUCAGUCCCUCUGGUUCAGUGUUAGCGGGCAGCUCUGUGACUCUGACCUGCAGCAGUAAUGCCAACCCAGCAGUGCAGAAAUACACCUGGUAUAAAGUGAAUGGGACAGAGAUGAACACUGUAGGAACUGGACAGAAUCUCACCUUCACUGUGACUGAGUCUAGUGGCAGUGAACAGUACUACUGUGAAGCACAGAAUGAACAUGGCAAGGAGAACUCAACUGUACAACUGGAAGUUUAUUAUCCUCCUAAGAACACCUCAGUGUCAGUCAGUCCCUCUGGUUCAGUGUUAGCGGGCAGCUCUGUGACUCUGACCUGCAGCAGUAAUGCCAACCCAGCAAUGAAAAAAUACUCCUGGUAUAAAGUGAAUGGGACAGAGAUGCACACUGUAGGAACUGGACAGAAUCUCACCUUCACUGUGACUGAGUCUAGUGGCAGUGAACAGUACUGCUGUGAAGCACAGAAUGAACAUGGCAAGGACAACUCAGCAAAUGUCCAACUAAACGUGAUAUACAUGCCUCAGAUCUCUGGCUCUGGGAGCUGCAGCAGAACUGCAGCAGAGAUCAGCUGCUCCUGUGAGAGCCGUGGGAAUCCCUCUCCCAGAAUGGAGUGGCAUGUGUCUGGACUGCGGGUCACUAACUCUACUGAGAGAGUCAUCAGGGAGGAGCAGCUGGGGAACACAGGCCUGAGGAGCUCCCUCACCAUGCGCCAAUCACAGGGAGACACGCCCACUCUCCUCUGCAUCAGCACCAACACUCUCAGCUCCUCUAGCCUCCAGCUCCACCUCCCGUCUCCACAGCAACACUCAGGAUUACAUUGCAAUCCACUAUUACAUAUUAUAAUCGUAGGACUGGUUUGUCUGUAUAUGCUGACUGUUGGAUUCUGUAUCCACAAAAAUAAAAGGUUGUCUAGAAGACUGAAGGGAGGGAGGGACGGGGACACAUAUGCCAGUCUGCAGCUCCCCAACAUCAGCCCAGAAUAUGACAUGCUGCAGAGUCAUGAUUGAAGCAGAGAGGUUCAUCCUCAUUGGCUGCCUGCUGCAAGGAGCCCUGGGCAAUGAGUGGGCAAUCUGGAUGCCUCAGAGUAUAGAAGCUCUGAGUGGAUCCUGUGUGCUGAUUCCCUGCGGAUUUGAUAUAAAACCUCAAUAUGACAAAGAUCUGACAGCUGCGGCUAAAGGACUCUGGA